AUGGUUACCUUUAUUCCGACUGCUUUUAUUGUACGCCAUGGUGAACGAUUAGAUCAUAUUGAUAAAUCAUGGCAACCACAAGAUCUUUCACUUGGUAUCUGGGAUCCCCCAAUUACUCAGCGAGGAAUGUUGCAAGCAGAAAAGACAGGCAGCACAUUGAUGAAUCUCAUGCAGAACCAAUACAAGAUGGAUGUGAACACUGUGGACAUUGUGCUAUACACUUCACCGUUCCAGCGCUGUAUUGAUACAUCUAUUGGCAUCAUUAGAGGCCUCGAUCAGAGAAAGAAUCCACCCACACUGAGAAUUGAUCUAGGAUUAGGUGAAUGGAUGUGUGAGAGGUUCUUUGAUUCAGUGUCGUGCUCUGCCUCACAAUUGAUUGCUCGUCAACAUGAGAAACUGGCCAGACAACAAGCUUACACCUAUUCCAUGAUGGCCAAGAACCAGCAAUCCGACGCCAUGUUACCUCCCCUGAAAAUUGAUUAUGCUUAUACUUCAGAUUUUGUUGAAUUCGACUAUCCAGAAAGAUAUACUGAUAUGAUUCAUCGAUUUGAGGAUACGCGGCUCCACUGCAUGAAAGCCGCUUCCAAGCCAAAUACGGUGGUUAUAUUUGUCACUCAUGCUGUGGGUGCCAAUGCGUUAUUGGAUAGCUUCAGAAACAAGGUGACAAUUCCGUUGGAAUCACACUAUUGCAGUAUAUCCUGUGUGCGACACUACAGUAAACAUGCUAACAAUAGCACCAACUCGUUCGAUUUGAACAGCAGCGAUCAAAGCGAUGAAGAUGAGCAGGCCAUCAUCAAUUCAUCGUCGAAACAGAAAUGGAUUAUUGAAUUCGCCAUGUCAGACUCUCAUCUUGAAUCCUAA